CGAAAACUCUUUUGCAGUCGACGCUAGAUAAAAAAAUCCACACCAUCAUAAGCACCCCCACACAACAGUGAGAGAGAAUGGCGGGAAACGAGUGCCUUCUUUCGGAGGGAAACCACUAAUCCUACUCGGGUUCAACAAUUCGCACCGCUUCCGCAUAGACCCGAACCCUCCUCUUCGCUGGAACAACCGAACGCGAUGGCCGAAGUCGAAACCCUAGGUAUUCUCGAAGAGAUCGAAGCCCUCGUCUCCGAUAAGCUUCAAGUGGUUUCCUACAAGUGGCUGAGUCGUAAUUUUUUGCUGCCAUCAGAUUCUUCAAAGAGGUUGCUCCACAAAUUUGUCGAGAAACAUGGAGAUGCGAUGGAAGUAGUAUAUGCCUUGUCUGGCUGGUUGAAGAAUAAUCCUUCAGUUUACCAUAUUAGGCUUGUUUCUGGGCCUAAACUUGCAGAAGCUAAACAAGAUUUCGAUGGCAGUUGUUCAGUCCAUGUAUACAGUGUCCAAGCUUGCAUCCCAAAGGAUCCAGCGGCACUUUGGAAUGCAGAAUAUGUGCAAGCCGAAGAACUGUUUAGGCAGCCCCCCGCAACUGAUAAUUGCUUGCGAGAUAACAGGUUAUGCAGAAUUUCAAAUUCCUUUGUCAAGCGUAGUACUGAGGGCACAACCGCCAGCAUUGCAGUUCCGCAACCCAAAACUGCAGGGAUGGCAGGGCCAUCCAGAAGUAAUCCUUCUAAUCAAAAUUUGAGUAUUCCUCAACCUCAGCAAAAGAAAGUUCAGCAAUCAAGCCCAAAGGUCGGUCUACAACCUACCCAUGUGGUAAAAGAUAUCAAAACUGAGAGUCCAGUUACAGAGGGUCACAAACAGGUUGCCAAGGGUUCUUCAGAUAAAGAAAAAGUUCCUCAAUUGCCUGCUAAUAAAAAGAAAGGCCAGAAUGAGAAAAGUACUUCAGGAAAUGGGGGCUCAUUGGCAAAUAUGUGGGACCGUGCAUCUACAAAGCCAAAGCCCAGUACUGCCACAACAAAAACUACUAUUAUUAUUCCAAACACUACAGUCUCUUGUGCGGAAGCUCAAAUCUGUGCUCAUGAGGCAGUAGAGGCAGCAGAUAGUGAUGAUGAUGGCGAAGAUUUUAAUUUCAAGAGAGCUUCCAAUGGUGAAGGCAGUAGAAAGAGAAGGGUUGUUUUUGAUUUUUCAGACGAAGACGAUGAAUUUAAAGAUGCUGUAAAUCUAGCAUCACCGGAUCCCCCCAAAAGGAAAUCUUUUCUGGAUAAACAAAGUAGUAAAUCCUCAGUUCCCGAGAAAAACAAUUUUGAUAUUGACAAGGAAAAAGAGAAUAAACCAAAAGCAAAGGAAGAUAAAAUAGCGGAGAAGGCAAUUAACCAAGCACCACCAAGGGCAGAUUCACCAAUUGUCAGCAAAGGCAAGACUGCUGAGAUUUCAUCUUUAGAAAAAGUCCACAGUCCCAUUCCUGAAAAUAAUGCAAAGGAUAAAGUGACUAAUGCAGCUCCAACUUCACCCAAGAGGAGAAAAGUGAUGAAGACACGAAUUGACGAGCGUGGGAGAGAAGUAACUGAGGUCGUGUGGGAGGGUGAGGAGACAGAGACCAAAGCUGAUAGUCAUGCAGUGACGAAAACAGAAAACACCUCAGCUGACAAUACUGUCAACAGGGCACCCGCUGCUAAGAAGUCACCAGCUGUGGGGAACACUGCUCCAUCUAACCCAGGUGGCAAAGCAGGAAAUAAGAAAGCUGGAAAUGUGAAGGAUCCUAAACAAGGGAAUAUUAUGUCUUUCUUCAAGAGGGUUUAGGUUGACCAGUUGACUACAGGAGAAUUCCGUGUAUUAGCCGGUGGCUAGUGAGCUUGUCUUUUUUGAGAAUGCUAAUUUCUGGUGUUCCAGUUCGUGUAUUAUUAGCCUUUUUUCAUCCUCUUCUCUUUUUCCUGAAAGCUGUGUAGCCUUUUCUGUAUUGAUUGGUUAGUUUCAUCAGAAUUCUGGUUCUGGUUGAUGUUAUGUGCGAAUAUGGUUUCAAUUAAUGGAAACAUCUCUCUCUCUCUC